AGCAGGCCGAGCAAGCCACCCACAGGGCAUGAUUUCUCCAGGUUCCUGCCUUGACUUCCCUCGUGAUGGGCUGUGAGCUGUAGGAGGAAGGAAACCUUCUCAAUUCAUUUUAUCUCAUCAACAGGAAGGAGGGAGUGGACAUUAGCAAUACCCUGGAAACUUGGCUCUAUAUUGAAGACACCAGAAGGUCACGGGCCCUCCCCUGCCUCCGCUUCUGAGAGCAGCCAUGGCCCUGACUGACAUAGAUGUGCAAAAGCAGAUCAAGCACAUGAUGGCCUUCAUCGAGCAGGAAGCCAACGAGAAGGCGGAGGAGAUAGACGCCAAGGCAGAGGAAGAGUUCAAUAUCGAGAAAGGCCGCCUGGUGCAGACCCAGCGCCUGAAGAUCAUGGAUUAUUUCGAGAAGAAGGAGAAACAAAUCGAGCAGCAGAAAAAAAUCCAGCUGUCCACCAUGAGAAACCAGGCCCGGAUCACAGUCCUGAGAGCCCGGGACAACCUCGUCUUAGAGUUGCUCAGAGAUGCGAAGGUGAGACUCAGCAGAAUUGUGUCGGAUGAAGUUUUCUACCAGGAUCUGCUGAACAAGCUCGUGCUCCAAGCCCUGCUCCGGCUGCUGGAGCCUGUGAUGAUUGUCCGCUGCAGGCCGCAGGACCUCCACCUGGUGGAGUCUGCCGUGCUGAGAGCCAUCCCUCAGUACAUGAUGCUCUGCCAGAAGCAUUUGGAGGUCCAGAUUGACCAAACUGAAUUCUUGGCCUCCAACGCCGCCGGAGGGGUGGAGGCCUAUAGCAGCGAUCAGAAAAUAAAGGUUUCCAAUACCCUGGAAAGUCGACUGAAUCUCGCGGCCAUGCAAAAGAUGCCAGAGAUACGAAGGUCUCUGUUUGGUGAUAAUGCAAACAGGAAGUUCUUUACAUAAGGCUCUGGGAAGGGCCUGGGUUAAAUGGCAGAGUCUUGCAAGCCUAAGUCAUUUGGACAAAGGGAACUGGGCUGGGGGGUGUCAUCUUCCUCUCUGCUCUUCCUUGGCCGCCAUUUCUUAGCUCUGAAUAGCUAAGAGCAUUAAACAUUGUUAC